AUGUCCGCUCCAAAAACACUGUUUUGGAAGCCAUAUUGGAAAUUGCGCAAUGAAGAAGAGUCUGUUUGUAAGCAUACCGUUGAUGUAUUCUUGAAUGAGCUUUCAGCAUCAAAUUCAAAAGAUGUGCUCAAACUAGGACAUGACUUGCAAACCGAGAAACAUAGAAAGACGAUAAUAUACAAGAACUCAGAAUUGCGGCUUAUAGAAGCACUUGAAAAUGUUUGUGAGAAUUUUAGAAAGUACAAAGUUCACAAAGAUAAGAAAGAUCAUGAAAGAUAUUCACCAGAUGAGAGUGCAACAUUUAAGACUUUAAAUGCGCUCAGGGACCGUGGAGUGAAGGUUAAUCUUGGCUUUCCUGAUGAAAUGUGGAAUGCACCAGAUGCUGAAGUGGUCAAGCUGAAAACCCAGUGUGAAAAUAUGGUAGAAGAAUAUGAGGAAGAUAUUAGUGAAUGGUAUUACAAACACCAAGACAGCAAUCUCUACAACUGGUUAUGCAGAGAUAGGAUCUUAUCAGAGAAGGACUUAGACAAAGGUUGUUUGAAAGCUCUUGGUAUGGCCAUGAAAAGCAAGAGAAAAAGAGGAAAACUGACAAAUAAAACAAAAAGGAAAGAAAAACUUGGUAAGAGGAUGAGGACAAGAGAUAGUAAGGAUGAUGGUAAGCCAGAGAAUAAAAUAGGGGGAAAAGGCAACAAGGUGAGAAAUAAAAAGAGUAAUGGCAGUUUGAAUGUGAACAGUUCAUCCAAACGGGAAGAUUUGUAGGCAGCGUCUCCUUUUGAAAAAGCAAUCCGCUUAAAUAUGAUUGGCUUAUAUUUGUGCAUCAACGCACCUGAUUGGUGGAGAUUUCUAGGCGGGAAAAUUCUUCAGCGAAUUUUUCCAGUCAUGGCCUAUUAAACCAACUACUAAGGGCUGUUUUCACGCGUUAUGCGCCAGAGUUUAAAGCAUUAUGUAGCGCUUUUUAAAUGAAUUACUGCAUAUGCAUUGUGAAAUAUUUUAGAAACGUUCUUUCACAAGCCAAAUGAAACUUUAGGCGCUUGAAAAAUUGUACAAGUGUUGUGUAGGAUAAAAAUAGUGAUAAUACGAACACAACUGUAUCAAAACUUUAGAAAGUUACAAAUUACAUAUUA